UCAUGCUCUUACCAAAAAAAAAAAAAUGUGUUAAUGUUCUCCGCAAGCUCAUUUGAUUCUGAUAAAGAAAUCUUCACCAACAAUGCCAAUGACAUCCAUCGCCAAUAUCCAAACUCCUAUCGUUGAUCUCCAUUCUCCAUCUUCAUCUUCGGUUUCAGACAAUGAUGAUUCCGGUGGGAGUUUUGAUGAUUUUGAACUACUGCAAAAUACAUUGCCUUUUGAAGACAUUGUUGGAUUUGAUAACCGCGUAGUUCGUUUGGAGAGUCCUUUCAAUGAUACAGAAACGGUGGCUGGACUUGAUGAUUGUUCGGAGAACUUAUGCAUUCCUACUUUCGAGUAUGAGGAUGAUGUUGUUCUUGAUAGCGAGGAUGAGGGAAUUAAUGGGAGUCGAGUGAUUAGAGUUUCUAGCUCCCUGUCUAGAAAUGAAGCGGAACAGGAAGUUAAAAGUGAUGCACAAGAAGAGAAUAUGGCAUUGGACUUCCACUCUUCUGAUCAUAAGCCAUGCGAUGCAGGAGAGCAAGUUUCUUCAAAUUGUUUUAAUGGGCUUAACGUGGUAAAGGAUUCGUCUCAACUUUCGACAAGGUUAAGCUAUUGCAGCUCUCAAGAACCCGGAGAGUCCACCCAAGUCAAUGCUAUUGUCUUUGUCGAUCAUUUUGUAAAACUAAGUACUGCAAAUGUAAAUCCUUCUCAAGGACUUGGCCAGAGAAAGGCUGCUAGAGUGCAAUCACCUAUUGUUUCAAGAAUUAAGGGACCUCAAAGUUUGGCGAAGAGAAUAGGUAGGAAGUCGAUUGAUGAAACAGGGAACUUUGAGUGGGUGGAAAUUCUCAAUCAAGAAGCAGAAUGUAACUCAUUUUGCAAGUGCAAAAAGUCAUCUUCUGAUUUAAGUAAUUGCAGAGGACGGUCAUGUACGACCAAGCAUCAUAAUAUGGCGAAACUGAGCAAUAUAGGAGACUGUUUACUUAAGAGGUAUGAAGACGAGGAGGAAGCAAAUGCAGGCAUUCAAUUCCAGACUGAUUCAACUGCUUCAACUUUGCCACCUCCAAGAUUAGAAAUCUAUUCAUUAGAGGCAGAAGGGAUGAGCAACAUUGAAAUAGAGAAUAAGUCCAACGAGGAAACAAAUGCAAAAUUAGUAGAGGGACAAUUUGAAUUUAUGGAUGACGAGAGAGAUGCACCAGACGAAUUAGAUAUUGGCUUUAGUACUCAAAUAGCUGCUGAGGCAAUGGAAGCACUGUGUUAUAUCCCAGACAACGACAAUCUUGCCAAUGCUUGGAGUCCAGAGAAUGCCCUAGAUAGUGUUUCAUGUUCUAUGAAAGAACAUAAACCACAUUUGAAUAGUUCUUAUCCUCAGACUAUAGGUGGCGCUGACGGGAAAUCGAAGCGAACACUGAAAUCUAAGAGGAAGCUUAACGCAAAGUGUUUGAAUACAUCUCGGGUAGAAUGUGAGUGUCAGGAGUUAGAAGCCGUUUUGAUAGCUAAGAGUAAAGCAAAAAGAAGUAGGUUGGCGUUGCAGGGACAGUCAAAUUAUAGAAAGUCUCCUGAUGAGAGCAAUUAUUCAGCCACACCUUCCAAUCUACUUAGCGAAACAGGUAGUUGCCAACUGAGUCAGCGAGGUCUCACUAUUGGAGAUCAAAUUACCACCCGUUUGAUGGUUGAUUUAUGGAGCCACCCCAGAGGAAGAAGAACACCUCGCAACAUCCAAAGCCAUCCAAAUAGAUCAAAAAAUCAGAACAACACUUCUUUAGCAGUUGAUGGAAGUUGCAACAAUUCCAUCCUAAUGAAAAAUGGGAAAGUAGGCAGAAAUUCUAACAGGAAGUGCACAUCAAGGUCCAGAUCAAAAUUCGAAGUUUAUCACAAUACAAGUCGUAGCAUAAUGCUACCACAGUCUUCUUCAAAAGAGCUUGCAAGAUUAGGUGUCUCAGAGUCGAUGCCUGAUCUAAAAUGGAAAGAUUUGAGGAGAAGAAGAACAAUGGCUUUGGUAAGAGUAUGCUUUAGCCAGCAUUUGGACGUAGUUACCCUCAAGCAACAGAAAAAGGUUGUCUUACAACUGGGAAUAUCAAUUGCAUCGAGUUCUGUAGAUGCCACACAUUUUGUAGCAGAUAAGUUCGUUCGUACGAGGAACAUGUUGGAGGCUAUUGCUCUUGGUAAACCAGUGGUUACUCCUUCAUGGCUUGAAAGUUGUGGACAAGCAAGCUGUUUUAUUGAUGAAAAGAACUAUAUUCUAAGAGAUACUAAGAAGGAGAAGGAAAUUGGUUUUAGCUUGCCUGUUUCCUUAUCUCGUGCUACCCUAUGCCCACUUCUACAGGGUUUCAAAGUCCUCGUCACUCAAAACAUAAGACCUGGUAAAGAAAUCAUUGCCAGUUUGGUAAAGAUGUCUCAGGGUGAGACUAUUGAGAGGAGUCAGAUUUUCACCGGGAAGAAUGAAAAGUUCCCGGACAAUCUACUUAUUCUUUCAUGCGAGGAAGAUUAUGCAGAUUGUGUUCAUUUCCUCAAAAAAGGAGCAAAAGUUUACAGUUCCGAGCUUCUACUGAAUGGGAUAGUUAUCCAGAAACUUGAAAACAAACGGCAUGAGCUCUUCACAGACAGCACGAAAAGGUUUUGAUGCGGUCAACAAGACUAGUAAAGAAGUAGAAUUUCUCUUUCUUCCUCCAUCGAAAUGGUGGUAAAAAUGACCGAUGGAUACGUAUCACUCAAAGAGGUAAUCCAUUUCUUUGAGUGCAUUUUUUGGUAGAUCAACACUGUACAUAAAUUUCUUUCUGUUAUGAAUUUCCAUCCAUUCAUAAUUGUGUGCGCUUCGUUUUUCUUCUCUAUUCUGUUUAUAACACCCUUGCAAAAAAAAAAAAAAAAGCUUCUGAAACAAUUUUAGAGGUAAAUACUAUUUUGGGCUUGAAAUUAUUAUUUACCAUUUGAAAAUGAACUUUCAAAUUUCAUUAUAAUUUAGUUCACCUCUAAAAUAUAAAGAAAAUUUUCUUUCAUGUUUUUUUAAAAAUUGAAAUUCUGACUUUUUUUUUCUUUCAAAAGUUUUGUUUAAAAGGCAACAUACAAAUUUCUAAAGCUUAGAUUGAUAAUCGUUUUCUUUCUCUAGAUUUAAAAAUUGAGUUGUACUACUCUUACCUAUGUUUUCGUUUGAUUUUCUUUCUACAUUUUGAAAACAAUUUCAGAUUUUUCUUUCAAAUUUUGAAAUCUCAAAAUACUUUUAAAAACUUUCCCUAUGUUUUUCAUGCAUUUUAUGAAAAAUAAUAAUAAAUAGAACUAAGCCUAAAACAUGCCAAUUUUAUAUUGUAUUAUCUUUAACUACUGGUUUAAUUUAUUAAAAUGAAUAGUAAAGAUAUUAAAUGUUCAUAAUAUUAGGAUGCAAUCGUAAAUAUUAACGAUCAAAUUCAAAGAAUUAGUAGAUCUAAUACAAUAUAAUAUAAUAGAAGUGGUAAGUAUAACAAAAUUUAAAUCUAAUAUAUUAAUAGAUUUUGCUUCUUUUUCUUUUUCUUUUUUUAGUUUAUCUAAGUAUUGCUGCCAAUAAAAUAUUCAUUCCCUUUUCUAUUCAAGGAAUAUAAAUACUACAUAAUAAUGGAGUUUUUUUUACCUUCACUUAAGAACAGUUUAUAUUUUACAAUUGAUUUAAGAUUCAAUUAUUAAAAGUAUGAAAAUCAAUACGUGGUUUGCAUAAAAAUACUCUUUCUACGUCAGUUCAAGAGUUCAAUUUAAGAUAAACAAUACAAGUAAUAUACGACUCUAAUGAUGAAUAUCUUGUUUUAUUUAUUUGUUUUCUACGAUUAAUGACGAUAUAAAGCUAAUUCAACUGAUACCUUUCCACUCGAAACCAAAAGACGAGUGUUCAAAUCCACCACCUAUUUAUACUAAAAAAACAAUAAUAAUUCAUAUAGAAAGUAUAAUUUAUGAAAUGCAAAAUAACUAAUGACAUAAUCUUUGUCGAUGUUGAAUCCCUCACCUCGUAGUACAAAUAAUGGUGUGUAUUUCCAAUUUAACUAUCAACAAAAUAAGCAAUUUGAAACCAUUGUCAAAUAACUUAGUAAUUAGUAAAGGUCAAUUAAGACUGUACGAAAAGGUCUUAAGGAGAAAUGAGCAUAAUCUAUGUUAAUUAACUUACAAUUUAACAUUUUGACA